UCCUUUCUUCUUCUUCUUCUUCUUCAGUUAGGGUUUUGGGUUUGGUUUCUCGGACUGUGAGUACGAAGAAAGAACCGGUAACUGAAAUCUCGCGAAAAUGUCAGUGAUGCAACGAUACGGACGCAGCAAGAGCGUGGUGAAGCGAUCAAAGAAAUACUUGGAGGAAGCACUUUACCUUAAGCUUUUCAAAGAUGGUAGCUCCCAGCUCAGCGUUCGUCAGCAGCUCAACCAAUUCAUCACGAGCGGAAAGCGCGUUUACAAAUGGGAGGUUGGCGAUACCCUCAAGAAGCUUCGCAACCGCAAGCUCUAUCACCCUGCUCUCAAGCUAUCGGAAACCAUGGCUAAGAGGAACAUGAACAAAACCGUUAGUGACCAUGCUAUACAUCUUGAUCUGCUUGCAAAAGCUCGAGGUAUUGCUGCUGCUGAAAAUUAUUUUGUUAAUCUCCCUGAAUCUGCAAAAAAUCAUCUAUGUUAUGGUGCCCUUCUCAACUGUUACUGCAAGGAAUUGAUGACUGAAAAAGCAGAAGGUCUCAUGGAAAAGAUGAAGGAGCUUAGCCUUCCUUUAAGUUCCAUGUCUUACAACAGCCUUAUGACUCUAUACACAAAAGUAGGGCAACCGGAUAAGAUUCCGUCCAUCAUACAGGAAAUGAAGUCUAGCAAUAUUAUGCUAGAUUCUUACACAUAUAAUGUCUGGAUGAGAGCUCUUGCUGCUGUUAAUGAUAUUUCUGGUGUUGAAAGGGUUAUUGACGAGAUGAAGAGGGAUGGUCGAGUUGCUGGGGAUUGGACAACAUAUAGCAACUUAGCAUCUAUUUUUGUUGAUGCUGGCAUGUUUCAGAAGGCAGAAGUGGCACUUAAGGAAUUGGAGAAGAGAAAUGCUUGCAAAGAUCUUUCAGCUUACCAGUUUCUAUUAACAUUGUAUGGGCGAACAGGUAACAUAUAUGAGGUUUAUAGAGUCUGGCGUUCUCUUAGGCUGGCAUUUCCUAAAACUGCAAACAUAAGCUAUCUGAAUAUGAUUCAGGUGUUGGUUAACUUGAAAGAUCUCCCAGGAGCAGAAAAAUGUUUCCGGGAAUGGGAAUCUCGAUGCCCCACUUAUGAUAUUCGAGUUGUAAAUGCUCUGAUAGGGGCAUAUGUGAAAUUAGAUAUGCUUGAGAAGGCUGAAGAGCUCAAGGAGCGCGCUCGGAGGAGGGGAACUAAGCCUAAUGUUAAAACCUGGGAAAUCUUUCUGGAUUACCAUUUGCAAAAAGGAGACUUUAAGUUGGCAGUAGACUAUCUAGGCAAAGCAAUAUCAAUCGGUAGAGGGAAUGGUGAGAAGUGGGUUCCAUCAUCAGAGACAAUUGGUGUUAUGAUGAGGCAUUUUGAGCAAGAGAAGGAUGUUGAUGGUGCAGAAGAAUUUCUAGAGAUCUUGAAGAAAUCUGUGGAUUCUCUAGGGACGGAGGUGUUUGAAUCCUUGAUUAGAACCUACGCAGGUGCUGGUAGGACCAGUUCUUCUAUGCAACGGCGAUUGAAGAUGGAGAAUGUGGAUGUGAGUCAAGAAACCCAGAAGUUGCUUGAGGCUAUCUCUGUGGAGUGAUUCAUGAUACUUCCAUCCUUGAAGUCUCGAUUGCUGUAAAUUGAGAUGCUGUGAUUUUCUUCACAUUUUGCCUUGGCAAUAAAAUUUGGCAUUUCAAUUUAAACCUUUUGGAAGUGCGCAUGCUAAAUAGACCUUUGAGGGCCUCAUAUUUGGUUAUUAAAUUUUGAAAUGCUGCGGCGGCUGCAUAAAUUUGCCUCACUCUG